UCUCCCACGAAGGCAUCUGUUUCAGUCUGUCUCUCUGUGAGAUGCAGCAUCAACAGAGGAGAGAGGGGGAGACACACAGGAGGAGGGAAGGAGAAGAGAGGAGGGAGGAAUAAGAAAAGAGAGAAAGGAGGAAGAAGAGACAGAGCAGAAGAGAAGAGGAGAGAAAAAGAAGGACUGAUACUAAAAAAGAGUGAACUGAGAGGAAAAAAGGACAACAAGUGCAGCCAAGAAUCUAAGGAGGAGAGGAUGCUGCUGCCUGACUUCUGAGGAGUUUGGGCUCGGACAUCAUAGAGAUGCAGCAUCCAAGUGUCUCAGCCUGAGCACCUCUGGUUUCUGUGUGUGCGAGAGAGUGUUUAUGUGUGUGAAGCCAUGGCGGGUGCUCAGCCAGGGGUCCAUGCAUUGAAACUCCAGCCUCCCUCUGUGUCCAACACACUGAGGAACGGAAGCAACUUCAUUAAAUGGGACGAGGUAAGGAGAUCAAGGUUCACCGUUUGGGUGGGUUUUAAACCCAUGCAGUGUUGUGGUUCUUUUCUUAAGUUUUUGAUGUGAGCACAUUCUGUAUUUCCACAAUGAUGGAAUAUUAUAAUUGUUCCACGCUGACUUAAAAUCCUUUUGACUAGAAUCAAAAGGAGGAAGACUGCCAUGUUGUCAGAUGUGUUUAUAAUUCAUUUGUCAAUUGAGAUUUGGCAGUAAGUACCUGUUGAUGAGAUGCCAGCAUGACAGAAGGUAGCCCAUUGUGUGUAAUAGAAGAACACAAUAGUGAGUACUUUCUCCUUGGCCACCUGUUGGCACGAGACCAAUUAGUAUCUAUUUACUGUGCUGCAUGUGUGUGUGUUUUUUGUGUAAGCAUCUAAUUGUGCAUCAAACUCUUCUGAUGCUGUAUUGAUCUCAGUCAAACAUAUAAUUGUCGGUGUUUCUGAAGUUGUGUGUACGUGUGAGUGCUGGUAUGCUGAAGUAUUGUCCCUGACUAUGAGAAACGUGCUGAUCGGUUGCCAUGGUAACUGGCAUGGUUACCACUGCUUAAACAGAUAUAGAGUGUGUUUGAGGGAAUGGAUGUUUGUUUGGCUCUGUGUGUUUGACUGUGUGCGUUUGGGUGUGUGCAUAUGAAUGAUUAUUAUACAAUCUACUGAACAAUAUAAUUUAAUGAGUUGUACACACAGGAGAACUCAUCCAACACACUGUUUAUUCACCAGGAUUGGACCUUGUCUGUGUCUGUGUAUGUGUGUGUGUGUGAGUCUGUUUUGAUAUUUGAAUUUCUUCAGCAUGUAGAGCUGAGCUUUAUGAAAAAUAGAAGCAGUUGCUAUGCCAACGAGUGACAACCAGGGAUCUAGUUAACCAUCUUCUGAGCAUUUUUGUUAAGUUUCAGAUCUUUCCAAUGCUGGCUGCUCUUUCAUUAGGAGCCCAGUUAAGACAGCGGACUUCAUUUAGGUACUCAGAAUAAAAAAUAUAUACACAAGCACUGAUGUCUGAGCAAAUAUUUAAACACUAUGCUCUGUUUCUCACAGCAGUUUCAGGAGUGUAGGAUAAAGGAACAACUGGAAUCCUAUACCUGGUGACACUCCAUGAUAAAGUAGUCUUUACGGGAAGUUGCUGUUUUUUUAAGUCACAGUAAUUAAGCCAAUUCAAGCAAUCACAGUCUCAUCAUACACAUUUGGCCAAUCACUGCAGAUUUGACCAGACACAGCUUUUCACUCCUAGGCCUACCACCAAGACGACAGAUCUUUGAUUCUCAAAAAGUGUAAUAAUGUGUUUCAGUACAAUUAUUAUUUCAGGGGGCUUCUUUUUUGUUUCUAGGCUUGUAGCUUUGUUGACCAUACUGGAGCUUGAACAAGAUCAUACAUCUUCCAGCUUCUAACUACAGGGGCCAAAUACUGUACUUAUUGAUUAAUGUUACAGUCCUCUGUCAAGCCGCACCAUUUUUUGUUUAAAAUUACUAUUGCCAGGAGAGUUUGACCCAGACUUUGAAUCUAGUAAUGAAAAUGACAUGGUAGGGAUUGGAGGGAAAGGGGAUGUCAAGCAAGAUUUUCUUCCAUCUCUGGUGACCUGAGGAGGGGUUAUUUGUGGCUGCCCUGAGAUGCCUUCAGCUAGCACGAACUGAACUGCUAAAGGAGCUUCCUAGCCAAUUCGCCCAUGUACUUAGAGCUUGACACCCUGCGGAGUCAGUUAAUUUUGACGCUAGCCACAUGGCUAAACUGGAGGGCACUGCCCUCAAUAACAGCAGAAUUCCUGCAGGGAUUGGCCCCAAGCAUUCUGCUACCACCCCUGGUGUAAGAAUCAAAGACCAACUUGCUGUAAAUCUCUUUGAUUUAAUAAUUUUAAUGUUACCAACUGUGAUGAAACUGCACCACUUUUUAAACCUCAGUCUUAUGCCCUGGGUCUGAUAACUUAAGUCUCGUAUUUAUAGCCCAACACCAGGUAGAGUCAGUUGAUAGUGCUGCUAGCUACACAGCGCAGAUCAAAGUCCAAUGUUAGCUACGCUUAGAAGAUGUUUCUUCAGCAAAGCUUUCUGUCCAUCAGAAAAUAUUUCUCAGUCAAAGCUGAGUGGGUUUCAUUUACAUGUUAGUGAAGUUGUGUUAUGCGUCAAAGACAUCUGAGUAUUGUUAUACAUGUUAUACAUGAUCUGCUCCCCAGGCAUUAAUUGUUGUGUAGACUUAAAAUAUUCAAACGUAGUGUCUGGUCAUCUUCAGUCUAAAAUAGACUGAGCGCCCCUACAGGCUUGGAGCCAUUGAGCUGUGCAGCCUUGCAGUGUUUUUUUUUUUUUGUUUGUUUUCAUUUGUUUUUGUUUUCUCUUUGUUUCAUCUGUUUAUUUGUAGUUAAAGCAGCUGUUAACACUUUUGAUGCAUGUUAAUACAUGAUCUACUUAGCAAGAUUUUUUUUUCUUAGCUGAAAACAUUAUGCUGCCACAGCCACAUCUUGAUGCCUUGAUCUUGAUUAUCUUGAUUGAAAUAGAUUAAACUUCCAUCUACUGUUGGAGAAAACAGGCGAGGCAGUUACCCCAAACUUCUCUCUCAUAAGCGCAUCCGGUGGAAUCCAAGUGGAUUCCACGCCAAACAGGAUAUAUGACACUUCCAGGGCAUUUGGGUCUGACCGGAGUUCAUUCUCAGUUGAACAUGCCCAGAAUAUCCCUAAAGGGAGGCACCUUAGGUGUAUCCUUAUCAGCUGCCUGAACCACCUCACUGGUUCGUUUUAAUUCAAAGGAGUAGCAGCUCCACUCUGAGCUCCCUCCAAGAUGUCCAAGCUCCAAGCUCAAUCUCCAAGGUUGAGCUCAGUCAUUCAAAGAAAAAUAAUUCCUGCCAUUUAUAUUCAUAUUUUUAUCCACAAUUUGGUCACUAUCCACAGUUCAUGAACAUAAGUGAAGGCUAGCACCAAGACCAACCAGAGAAUCGAAAGCUUUCAUCAUGAAACUCGGAUGAAACACCAAUAUUUACCCAAAUCUAUAUCAAAAUAUCUGUUUUUCUCACAAUGCAUCACUCAAGAAUACCCCUAUUCGGGGACAAGACCCCAAGAUACCCCAACUUCUUCACUUGGGGAAGGACUCGCUCCUCAUCCAGAGGGAUCAAUCCACCAUUUGUCAUUUUGGACUUAAACUGCAAUUGCAAAAAUACUUUAACAUUGAAUAUUUUAGGCCAUAAAAACAACCACAGAAAAAACUUUCUGUCUUCUUAAAAAUGUAGCUAUUUUUAACUAUUGAAGAAGUUAAUUAAAAGAAAACCCUCCACCAGCACAGCAGAAAUCCUAAGCACCGGUACAAAAUAUAUUUUAGGCUCUUUCCACAGCUAACAAAAAGCUUUUUAAGUCACGCAUUGGCUGUUUCCUUAAAAUGGAGGAUAUGUUGGGACUGCAUGAAUAUUUUGGCUUUAAGAAGAACUGUUGGCAUUGCAUGUGAGAACACAAACACAGAGCCAGCCUAACAUUGCUAGCUACCUCUUGAAUUUGGCCAUGUUUAGGGAGGAACACAAACCAAAUCUGCACUUCCAAAAGCAGGACAAUGUACGUGAGCAUAAAUUUGUUAAUUUGUCCUUCUCUUUUCUUGUUGUUAUCUAUGUCCAAACAUAAGCUUUUAGAAACCACAUCCUACAAAUUCUGGUUUAUCCUCUUUUAUAACACCAUGAAGUGACCCUCAGACAGAUAAACAUAUAAAGUGCAAAAGGGUUAAAAAUCAAGACAGGUGUUCUGUCCACAAUCACCUGCAACAAAUCACAAACCAUGAUGGUGGGUUACUAUAACAACAAGGACAAUAGUUGGAUGCCAUGACAACUGAGCAGAGCUUUAGUUUGUACCAUGUAAGUGUUAGAGGGUGUUAAAGUCACCCCACUUUGUGAGCGUCCUCACAUCUUUCUGUUUGAUAAGUGCCUCUCUCUCUCUCUCUUCAGGAUCUGUCGACCGUCACCCCAGUCACUCUACAUGUGGACCAACAUGGAUUUUACCUCUACUGGACUGAUCAAAACAAGGUUGAGCAAACCCCCACACUCACUUUCUCUCUCUCUCUCUCUCUCUCUCUAACACACACAUUGCCCUGAAUCACAUCUAUAGCCCUAUAUUAACCUGGAGAUGAGAAGCAAAUUUAGCUUCAUGCUUAAAGAAAAGCUCAUUAAUUUAGUCCUAAUUUGACUCAUCAAUAUUCAGACCUGAGUUGUGAAGUCAUCAGACUUGGACUAGGGUCACACACAGUUCUCAGAGGCACACUGAGAUAACCACUUACCUCACCCUCUUGUUUUUUGCUUGGUGAACUUGUCGCCUUCUGGGUGCUGAUUACUGUUGUGCUUAUCUGGGUGUUUUAAUGGCUGACUGGUUUUAUUCUGUUCCUUUGUAUUUAGAUACGUUUUAUAAACAUACAUUAGAGGCUAAAUCAUCAUUUCUUUCAAUGCUCAACCUUAACUGCCCCCAGGAGAGGCAUUUUCUUGGAUGGGUUAUAUUUCCAAAGGCACAACAGCUCAUUCUGUAUCUGUGAGGUAAGGCUAAUGUACAUUGAGAAAUUAGCAUCACUUGAUGACACCUAG